AACUGCUAUCGAAUGAGUUCGUUCGGUUCUUCGCUGAUUACGUUCACGAUCUCAACAUGCCGGUCUCAACAUGCUUGAUCAGUAUCACGCGUAUUGUGAGGUGUGCUUUCCAAUCUGAAUAACUUUGGAUAUUUGUGACUAUUAUUUGGAACUAGCCAUAUCUGAAACGUCUACAUAUCAUUGAUAGACUACUGUAUUCAUCGUCAUAUCUGUAUCAUAUCAGCUGUGACCAAAUAGUGAAGGAUAUCGAAGACACUCUCAACUGAUUUUAAGAAAAUAAAGCAACCAUGAAUAUAAAACAGUAAACCUGAAUAAUCUGGAAGGAUUUUAACAUAGAGGAUCAAAGUAACUCAUCAUUAUCAGAUUGGAAACAGGUGAGGAAAGACGGCAAAGCACCGUGGCUGUUUGGUAGAGCUUGGCAAUCGAAUCCAACUCCAAACUGAUCGACUUCUCAUAAAAGGUACUUAUCCCAUCACGAUGACUGUGUAUUGAGUUAACCCAACUGCCAAUCCUCUCUGAUAUCGUCAGUGUAUUUAUCAACGUCUACAAUCAUUUCUGGUGGAUUGGACCCAUGAUGGUGGAAGACAUCGCUGUACGCGGUCUCUUCUUAACUACAUUAGUGCUGGUGGCCUAUGCUACGCCUGUUCAUUCUGAGGGAGCCAACUUCUCCGUCUUCUCAUACAUCCAAUAUCUUACUCAUCCGCCCGAGAUCACGCUGAAACCGCGCAACCAGCAAGUGAAGGUGGGCGGAAUCGCGGCGUUCUUCUGCGCGGCGCGCGGCGACCCGCUGCCGCAGAUCCAGUGGCGCAAGAACGGCAAGAAACUGUCCGGCACGCAGACGCGCUACAUCGUGCAGGACUACCCGCAAGGCGGCAGCCUGCUCCGGAUAGAUCCGGUGCGCGCCAACCGCGACGAGGCCACCUACGAGUGUUUCGCCGAGAACGGUGUCGGCGAUGCGGUCAGCUCGGAGGCCGUGCUCACUGUCUAUGAAGCCGAUAAACUGCCGUCGGGGUUCCCGCAGAUCACGCAGGCGCCUAGCACGAAGGUGAUCGAGAUUGGCCACAACGCUGUGCUGACCUGCUCCGCCAUGGGCACCCCGGCACCAAAGAUAUCCUGGGUCAGGGAGAUGCUCCCCAUCGACCCUGCCACCAACUCGCGCUACACCAUACUCAAGAACAACAUGCCUGGUCAGUUAAUUAACUUUCAUAUCCUGUAACGCUUAUAACGUAGG